UGUUGUGAAUUUCUGAAUUGUGAAACAAUUUUCGGAAUUAUGAAGGUGACUGUGUGUUUUGGAAAUGUGAGAGUUGUUGUGUCAUGAGGAAAUGGGGAUAUUUUCGUCAGGUAUCUGAUCAGGGAGGCUACGCUGAGAUUCAAAAAGGCAACUUGCAAGGGUAAAGCGUCAUGGGUAUCGGUCCACAAUCUGCAGACUCAAGGUGGAGGCAUCUUAGAUCCGGACGACAAACUUUGUGACGUUGUUGAUGACAGGGAGCAGAUCCUCGCCAGUUUUGAAGAUGGCGACGGGCCUCAUCAUGGUGGUCGAGACGGAGCCAGUGGAAGUUCUGUUGGCACUUCCCGACAUUUUCCACGACGGCGACAAAUACGGAACCUCCUACCCCCAAACAGACAUCGAGGUGACGGGGGAACAGAUCGCUCUAGGUGCGUAGGGGCAGCGAGGCUGCCCUAAACCAACUACCCUCAGGUCCGCCACUGCCCUCCGCCGACAACACCAAGAGGUGGAGUGUCGCCCCCUUAAUAUACGAUCUUCCGCCCUCUCUCGGUUACAUCGGCAGCUACGUGGACGAGGAUGACGGCCCCGGCUUCAGAAGGAUCCAGAGGGACGGCAGCAACAGGCUGUCCAUGCAGUUUUUCGAGGACGGAGCAGGAUUCAGAUGGACAGAUGCAGCAGAUAGGGCCAAGGCUAGAGUCCAUACGAGCACAUCACUUCCAAGAGAAAAUAAAAGAAAGGAACCCCUUGGUCAGGCAAACAUAGCUACAAGUGCAAGUCCUUCAUCAGAACCAAGUGAACUGAUCCUUAUAAGAAACGAGCUCGGUCCUUUGGGAAUCCAUGUUGUGCCCGACUACGACAUCUAUGGAAAAGAUAAGGGACUUCUUGUUCAAGGGAUUGAACCUGGAGGCAGGAUAGACAGGGAUGGUAGACUGGCCAUAAAUGAUAGGAUUAUAGAGAUUAACGGACAGAAUUUGUUGAAUAUGCCUUUCCAACGAGUCCAAGAUAUGUUUAAACUAUCUCUGACUUCUUCCGAACUCAGACUGAGGGUUGUGAAAGGCUACACGUCGAACGCACUCACGACCAGAGACAACCCUGCUGGCGGGAAUUGUCCUAUUUACAUCAAAAACAUCAUCCCUAAGGGAGCAACUGUGGAAGAUGGCCGUUUGAUGAUUGGCGACCGGUUACUGGAUGUCAACGGUGUUGAAAUGACCAUGUUGAAAACCAUAAAGCACCUCAUGCAAUGGAAUGUGCCAAAUAUUUAAUUGAAAAUGGUGUGAAUGUAAAUUUCCAGGAUGAAUUCGGCGAAACAUCUUCACACACCUCAGUGGAUUAUUGUGAAGAAUACACCCCAAUGUUCGAGUUGCUUUUAAAGGAAAAGUGCUGAUACGAAAAUGA